AUGCUCCUGUCUCCUGAGGCUCUUACUUUUUCACUACGACCAGAAGCCGCUGUGGCACUAUGGCUCGUCAUUCUUGGGGCGGUGUAUCUUGUCUCUAUACCAAUCUAUAACAUUUGGUUCCAUCCUCUUCGAAAGUACCCCGGACCAAGACUAUGGGCUGCAACUCAGAUUCCCUUUGUCCGCAUGAUGUUUUCUGGCAAUUCCCACCUGAAAAUGCUUGAGUUGCACAAAACCUAUGGAGACGUUGUGCGAAUUGCCCCCGACCAACUGGCAUUCAGCGACGGCACUGCUUGGCAAGACAUCAUGGGUCACCGAAAGCGUGGCCAGGGAGAAAAUGGCAAGGAUCCCGUCUUCUGGAAGGCCAACAAGCACAGCGUCAUUGCCGCCGACCGCGAGAACCACACUCGGAUGAGACGAACUUUGGCUCACGGAUUCUCGGCUCACUCGAUGAUGGAGCAGCAACCCCUGAUUCAAGGCUACGUCGACCUACUCAUUCGGAAGCUACGCGAAAACUGUGCCGAUGGCAGCAAGCCCGUGGAGAUGACCUCGUGGUAUAACUAUACGACUUUCGACGUUAUCGGUGACCUCGCUUUUGGAGAACCUUUUGGCUGCCUGGAGAACUCUGAUUAUCAUCCCUGGGUCUCUUUGAUCUUCGACAGAAUCCGCCUGAGCUCUAUUUCGACUGCUUUGCGUCGCCUCCCCUUUGGAGAAACGCUUAUCCAGCUUAUUCUGACGAAAGAGGAGCGCAAACGGUUCCAGGCGCACUUUGAGCUUACCCAGCAAAAGGUCAACAAGAGGCUAGAGCUGCCUAGCCCACGACCAGAUUUUAUGGAAGUCAUGACCAAACGAGAGGGUGAUCAGAAAUUCACCCUUCCUGAGCUCUGGGACAAUGCAAGCCUUCUGAUCAUUGCCGGAUCGGAGACAACGGCAACCACUCUGUCAGGCGUUACCUUCUUCUUGCUGACCCAUCCUGAAGUCUUGGAGAAAGUGAAGAACGAAGUACGAUCGAGCUUCACAAGUGAGGCCGAGAUUGACCUCAUCAGUGUUAACAAACUGGGCUACAUGCUCGCUGUUCUGCAAGAGACGCUUCGGAUGUACCCUCCCGUCCCGGGCGCCAUCCCGCGUAGGGCACAGCCUGGUGGCGAUGUCAUUUGCGGAGAAUACGUUCCAGAAAACACUAUCCUCGGCAUCUGGCAAUGGCCCAUGUACCAUCUGGACACAAACUUUACCCUGCCCGAUUCUUUCAUCCCGGAACGUUGGCUCGGCGAUGCCCGAUUCUCCAGUGACCCCAAGGAUGUCCUUCAGCCAUUCUCUUUCGGACCCAGAAACUGCAUCGGAAAGAACCUUGCCUAUGCUGAGAUGCGCCUGAUCCUCGCAAAGAUCAUGUGGAACUUUGACCUGAGCCUGCAUCCAGACAGUAAGGAUUGGAUGCAGGGACACCAUGCCUUUUCGCUCUGGCAGAAGCCUGACUUGAAUGUCUACAUCAAGCCGAGGGUAAUGCAAUAG